UUUGUUAAUUUAUUUGAUUUUAUAUGUGUUUAUGACUCCAAAGUUAUGAUCUUUUUACCAAUCUGAAAAGUAAUACGAAUCAACUUUCUGAAACUUUUUUCUCCAAAAUAUAAUAAUUAUUACAAAUUUCAGUUUUUUUAAUUUUUUUUGUUCUUAUUAAACUAUACUAAUUAAAAAAAAAAAAAAAAGCCACCUUGAUUCUUCAUUUCUCACUAUGAAAAUUAAACUUUUUUAUUUUGUUCCCAUUGAUGGUGUUUGGAUAUGACCUUAGAAAAAAGGAUGUGGAGGGUCACAGAUUAAGGUUUGGAGUUGAAAUUUGAAACAUAGUGUGUCAUGAUUUCAAGCCUUUGAUGACUCAGACUGAGAUCUCAUUUUCGUUGUUUUAACAAGAGAGUUGUUUGACUUAAUUCGCAUGAAAUGGCAGAGCUUUUUGGAUAUACAGCAUGCAGACAGUUAUUGCAAAUGUUAGUUUCAAUAAUAUUCUUCCAUGUUUCCGAGUACAUUCUGGCACUUGCCAUUCAUGGGAAGUCCAACGUAUCUCUUAAGUCACUUUUGAUAAGCAAACAUUAUCUUCUGGCGAUGAUUUGCUCCUUGAUAGAGUACCUUAUUGAAAUCUAUUUCUUUCCUGGUUUAAAGGAAUAUUGGUGGAUAAGUAAUUUGGGCCUUGCAUUGGUUGUUCUCGGAGAAAUCAUAAGGAAGUUAGCAAUUGUGACAGCAGGCCGAGCCUUCACUCACCUUAUAAAGGUUUAUCACGAGGAAGAUCAUCAGUUGGUUACGAAUGGGAUCUAUAGAUUUGUCCGGCAUCCUGGUUAUUGUGGUUUCUUUAUCUGGUCCAUUGGUACUCAAAUAAUGCUCUGUAAUCCAUUAUCAACCGUUGGAUUUGCAGUUGUUGUGUGGACAUUCUUCUCUAGAAGAAUACCUUACGAGGAAUUUUUCCUCAAGCAGUUCUUCGGUUCUGACUACGAGGAGUAUAUGAGAAAAGUUCCUUCUGGUAUUCCACUUGUGAGGUGAUUAUUCAACAAAUCCUUUUCAGGGAUCCAUAUACAUGCCCGGCAGCCAGCGUCCUUGUUCAUUGUGGUUUCCUCAUCUGAUCAUCGGUACUGAAAUAAUGUCGUUUAGGAAUUCUAUUUUCUUACACACUUCUUCAGUUCUCAUGACGUGAAGUUUGGCAGAGGAAGUUCCUCUUAAAUUCACCUUUGUGGAGUGUUUUUACUUAUUUGUAUCAUCAUGUUUUUGUACUCAUGUUGUUGUCAGGUAGCUAGCUGUUCCUGACCUUGUCCAAAAUCAGGUUCUUUGCUAGUUCUUACGGGGAGCUGUAAACUCGUAAUGCUGCAUCUUUUCCGAGACCAGGGGACCUUUUAUCACGAUUUCUGCUCGUAAGUUAACUGUAUCAUGUAGUUGUGGCUGAUGGUGCCAGUGUUGUAUGAACAAAGGCCUUGUUACAUUUUCUGUAAUUUAGUCAAAUUCACAUUAUCUCAACUAUGGUUGAUUUCUUUAUGUUGCCUUUUGUUCAAGCACAGGUUUGGGCUAUUUUGUAGAACUGUACUUAGCUUAGAAAAGGUGAUGAAACUUCUAAGCAUUAAAAAUGCAGAACAUUUAUGUACAGUCAGAUUUUUCGAUAACAGUCAUCUAUUGUAAUAAUAUAAUAGCCAAGUUUUCUUUGGACUCUA